GGCAGUGUGUGCCUUAAAAUGUUUCCUUCACGCCAUUUGAAAGUGUAGAAGAAGUGUUCGUACACAAGUGCCAAUGAAGUGCCGGGGGUCCUUCUCGUACCAACUCCACCUCCCUGAGGAAGGAUGUACAAGGAGCAGAGAAGAUGGAGGAACCAGGGACGUUGGCGAGGUCGCGGUAAAUCCCACGCAAGAGAAAUGAAGGAAGAUGUCAGGUCUGGGCAGCGUGAUGAGGAUGCCGUACCGAGGGGCGUAUGCCAGACCAUGUGUCCCGCUGGGGAGCUGCGCAAUCGAGAGUCCCAGAAUCGCCUGCAUCGUUUCGAGAUGUUGGCGGGUACGGAGAAAGACCGCAGACCCCGAGCUGACCCGCUGCGUGCCGUCAAGGAGUAUUCUAGACCGGCGGCCGGGAAAGACUCUGCCAACUCUGCCGACUUGCGUCACCCUGCAGUGUUGCUGAAAACUGUGUGUUACCUCAUUGAUGAGGUCACUGCAUCUCCUCAUCUGCAUCCUUGGACUGAGGUUUAUAGCUUUGUUUUCGAUCGCCUGCGCAGCGUGAAGCAGGACAUGAUCAUCCAGAGGGCGCACGGAGCGGACUGCGUGGCCAUUUUGGAGCGGACGGUGCGCUUCCUCGUGUACGCCUCGUACCGACUCUGCAGCGAGCCCCUGCGACUUUUCGACCCCCGCAUCAAUGACACGCACCUCCAGGAGAACCUGAGCUGGCUACUGGACUGCUACGCGCGUGCAACGGGGCCGCAUCCCAAUCAGGAGGAGUUCCAGGCUCUCGGAUUGCUCUAUAACUUAGGUUCCCCUCGCGCCAUACAGCACAUCAUGGAGCUUCCGGCUCCGCUUCGCCACGCCCCCGCCGUCACGCUCGCCGUCUCCAUCAACCGGUCCUUCCUGGAGCGGAACCCGGUACGUCUGCUACGCUGCGCCCGCCGCCUGAGCUUCCUGCAGGCCUGCGCUCUGCACCGCCACGUGACAUCGAGCCGUAAGGACCUGCUGCUCGUGUACAGCCACGGCUACAACAGCCGGAACUGUCGCUUCCCGCUGGAGGCGCUGUCCGAGCUCCUCGCCUUGGAGAAGAGUCUCACGAGCACGCUGUGUCAGGCGUGUGGCGUUGAGGUCAACACGGACGGGCAAGUGGUGUUCUCCAAGACCUCCUUCGCUGAGCCGGAACAAGGGAAACUGUGCUGCUCUCUUUAUCACAACAUUGUGACAGAGAAGCACAAAGACCUCACCAUUGGCAGCAUCCUUCAUGGCUGCGUUCGGCAGAAGGCUCAAUUUAAAUAAAACGAAUCAUGAUACUUGUUGUCAAGCUUGAGCUUGUUAUAAACUGCCGCCACAAUAAGGAACAUAUUGGUCAAUUUACACUUCUAUGGCAGCAUGGCUGAGCAUUCUUUUCUUCAUUUUAAUGCUGGAGGUAAUUGUAAAGAACGUGUACAUUAAAAUGCUCUUUUUAGGAUGUAUGUUUUAGGAUUUCAGUUUUGAGUUUUAAUAAAAGUUGCAGAAAUGAA